GGAUAACUCCAGAGCGCCCGCCACACCUCCUCCCUCGCACCAUGAGGCUUUUCAGCCAGGGCUGCUUCCUGCUCGUCCUCCUCCAGUUUUGCGGGGUUCUUUACGCGGAGUCCGAGCCAUGCCGGGAGGGCUUCGGGGAAACGGAGGUCACCUUCGCUGUUGGACAGGCGGUGCUGGAGCCAGGCCAGGAGCUGGGGCAAGUGACAUUGAUCGGGUGUCCUGGACAGGGGCUGGAGCUGCUCAGCACAGAUGACCAUUUCAGCAUGAGGAGUGACGGGACACUCCUGGUGAAACAGCCGGUGUCCCUGCAGGACAGGAGGACUUUCUCCAUCUAUGCCAGAGACUCAAAUGACCAGGAAGCCUCUGUCACCGUGACAGUAAUGAGGAGGCAGGAGCCCUCUGAUGAGGAAAGGCAGGCACUGAAGUCUUCCUUGUCCAAACGCAGUCUUCGAAGACGGAAGAGGGAAUGGGUUGUACCUCCCAUCUCUGUUUCUGAAAAUGGGAAGGGUCCUUUUCCCCAGAAACUGAAUCAGCUCAAAUCCAACAAGGACAAAGCUACCAAGAUCUUCUACAGCAUCACAGGACCAGGGGCCGAUAGCCCCCCUGAAGGGGUCUUCACCAUUGAGAAGGAGACAGGAUGGUUGCUGGUGAACCAGCCACUGGACCGGGAGAAAAUCGCCAAGUAUGAGCUGUAUGGACAUGCAGUGUCUGAGAAUGGCGCCUCCGUGGAAGAGCCCAUGAACAUCUCUAUUGUCGUGAUUGACCAGAAUGACAACAAGCCUCAGUUCACCCAGGAGGUCUUUAGGGGGAGCGUCACUGAAGGAGCCAUGCCCGGUACCUCUGUGAUGCAGGUAUCAGCCACAGAUGCAGACGAUCCCAUCACCCACAAUGGAGCAGUCGCUUACUUCAUCCUGGACCAGAAUCCCAAGGAGCCUCAUGACCACAUGUUCACCAUCCAUCGAGAGACUGGGGCCAUUAGUGUGAUUGCCAGUGGCUUGGACAGAGAGAGGGUGGCCCAGUACACACUGACCAUCCAGGCUGCGGACAUGGAAGGAGAAGGCCUCGCUACUACAGCAUCAGCCGUGGUGGAGAUUUCGGAUGCUAAUGAUAACGCGCCUGUGUUUGACCCCCAAAAGUAUAUAGCUGAGGUGCCUGAGAACAAGGAUGGGGUUGAAGUUCAAAGGUUGAAUGUGACAGACCUGGAUGCUCCCAAUACACCAGCAUGGAGAGCCAUUUACCAGAUCACCCAAGGAGACGAGGGGGGCCACUUCGCCAUAACUACAGACCCAGAGAACAACCAAGGCAUCUUAACAACCAAGAAGGGCUUGGACUUCGAGACCAAGAACCAGUUCACUCUUCAUGUCGUGGUGUCCAAUGAGGCUCCUUUCGUGGUGAAGCUGCCCACGUCCACAGCCACAGUCACGGUGCACGUGGUGGAUGUGAAUGAAGCGCCCACCUUCCUCCCACCCUCUAAAGUCGUGGACAUCUAUGAGGGUGUGCGCGUGGGGGAAAAGAUCUGCACCUACGCUGCCCAGGACCCUGACAGACAGCAAAAUCAGAAGCUCAGCUAUCAAAUUAUGAGUGACCCUGCAGAGUGGCUAAUGAUUCAUCCAGAGAGUGGAGAGAUCACCUCCAAGGGCCUCCUAGACAGGGAAAACGAGCAGUUUGUCACCAAUAAUACCUAUAUGGUCAUAGUCCUGGCCACUGAUAAUGGAAAUCCUUCUGCCACCGGCACUGGCACCCUCUUGCUGACCCUCCUGGAUGUGAAUGACCACGGGCCCAUCCCGGAGCCUCGCCAAAUUACCAUCUGCAACCAAAAUACUGUGCCCCAGGUGCUCAACAUCACGGACAAGGAUCUGCCUCCCCAUACCACCCCCUUCCGGGCCCAGCUCACUCAUGAUUCUGAUAUUUACUGGACUGCGGAAAUGAAUGAGAGAGGAGAUGCUGUGGCCUUGUCGCUGAAGAAAUUCCUCAAGAGCGAUGAUUAUGAUCUCCAUCUUACUCUGUCUGACAACCACGGCAAAGACCAGCUGACUGUGAUCAAGGCAAAAGUGUGUGACUGUGAGGGCCAUGUGACCAUCUGUCCAGGGGCCUGGAAGGGCAGCUUCUUCCUGCCUAUCAUGGGAAUUGGCUUAGCCUUGCUGAUCCUGGUGUUUGCCCUCAUGUUGUUGAUGAGAAGGAAGAGUAAUUUGAAGGAGCCCCUCCUACUUCCCGAAGACGACACCCGGGACAACGUGUUCUACUAUGGAGAGGAGGGGGGCGGUGAAGAGGACCAGGACUAUGAUAUUACUCAGCUACAUAGAGGCCUGGAUGCCCGACCAGAGGUGAUACUCAGGAAUGAUGUGGUACCCACCUUCAUCCCUCCCCCGCUGUACCGGCCACGCCCAGCCAACCCAGAUGAGAUUGGCAAUUUCAUCAUUGAGAACCUAAAGGCGGCCAACAGCGAUCCCACGGCCCCACCCUAUGACUCCCUGCUGGUGUUUGACUAUGAAGGAAGUGGUUCAGACGCAGCCUCCCUGAGCUCCCUCACAUCUUCCAACUCAGACCAGAACCAGGAUUACGACUAUCUGAAUGAAUGGGGCAGUCGAUUUAAGAAGCUGGCCGACAUGUAUGGUGGAGGGGAGGAAGACUAGCAGGGGCUUUCUUGCUCUGGACAGAACUCAUUUCUUGUUCUGUGGACCCCACUCCUAGGAGCAGGUACCUGUACCUCAGAGAUAAAGUGACUCCUCUGCCCUGACUGAGAGCAGACCUCAAUGUGUCAUUAGGCCUGAGAUCAUCUUUCAAGCCUAAUGAAUUUAUCAAGAAAGUGACUUUUUCAUGAGAGCCUUCCUCACUUAAAUAUCUGGCUGAAUCUGAUGGAAAUUCAGUUUUGACCCAGGACAGCCUAGAUCGCAGAUCUGCUUCAACACAAAGAAGGAGAAAUGGUGGCUUGGGCUGGGAUUCUUCUUUGGGUCUGUAGAUAAUUGACAUUCUGCCUAUUAGAAAUACCUGCCCUUGGUUGCCUCCUGGCCAUUUAUCCA